GUGACAAUCGCGAUAUGUCAUAUUUUUAAUUUAAAUAUGUAGGUUAAGUCGAAUCUAUUUUUAUUCUAGUUAUAUGUCCCGUUUUCCGAUUAACCAUGCAGAAAAAAAGGUAACGAUCGACGUUAAAAAUGUCGCAGAUAAUGCUGAUAAUCGCCUCGGCGCAUUUAGUCUACUGCCCGUUCACCAAAGUCGAGGAGAGCUUCAACUUGCAGGCCAUCCACGAUAUUUUGUACCACGGUUUCAACCUCACGCAGUACGAUCACCUGGAGUUCCCCGGAGUCGUCCCUCGAACAUUCAUCGGACCGUUGUUCAUCUCGAUUUUGGCGUACCCCGUCGUAGCUGCCAUUCAAUUUUUGAAUAUCAAUAAAUUUUGGGCUCAAUAUUUAGUGAGAACCAUACUUGCUACUUGUGUAGUAUGCAGCUUCAAUGUGUUGGGAAAAACGCUGGAGAAACAGUUCGGUAACCGAUGGUUGCAAUGGUUCACGGCUAUUACGGUUACACAGAGCCAUUUUAUGUAUUAUUUGAGCCGUCCGUUGCCUAACAUCAUGGCGCUUCCUUUAGUACUUUUGGCGUUAGAUGGUUGGAUCAGAAACAGCCAUAAAACCUUUAUACUAUACGCAGGCGCCGCCAUAUUAAUAUUCAGGUCCGAGUUGGCCCUGUUCUUUGGGAUUUUGCUGUUGUACGAUUUGUACGAGAAGAGGAUCACGGUGAAACGGUUGUUGCAAAUAGGCAUCCCGGGCGGCUUGGCGUUCGUGAUACUCACAGCGGUGGUCGAUUCGAUGUUUUGGCGGAGGCCGGUGUGGCCCGAAGGGGAGGUUUUCUGGUACAACGCCGUGUUGAACAAGAGCUCGAACUGGGGCACGUCGCCGUUCUUGUGGUACUUUUAUUCGGCCAUACCGAGAGGCAUGGCCGCCUCGAUCGCCCUACUGCCGAUCGGUUUCCUUUGGGACAAAAGGACCAGGAUUUUGGUGACGCCCUGCCUGCUGUUCGUCCUGCUCUAUUCGUUCCUGCCGCACAAGGAGCUGCGAUUUAUCAUAUACGUGUUUCCGUUUCUGAACGUCGCCGCCGCCACUGCUUGUCACAGGAUAUGGGAGAACAAGGACAAAUCGCCGAUAUACAAUCUGCUGUCGUUGGGCGUGAUGGGCCAUCUGGCGUUGAACGUGGCAUUUACGGUGUUCCUUUUGAGCGUAUCGAACGCCAAUUACCCGGGCGGGCAGGCCAUUUCGCGUUUGCACAGGCUCUGCAAGGACGAGGCCGGUCCUGUGAGGGUGCACAUCGCCAAUUUGGCCGCCCAAACGGGCGUCUCCAGGUUCACGGAGAUCAACGGCAAUUGGACGUACAGUAAAUUGGAGAAUUUGCAACCGGGCGACCACGAUCUGUAUUAUCACUACACCCAUUUGAUAGUGGAGGGUAAAAGUAAAUUCUCGGGUAAUUUGAAACCGUAUUCGGCCACUCACGAUAUCAUCGAUACGGUGGAGGCCUUUCAUCAGAUUUCUUUCGAUUAUUUGGCAGUGCCGCCCGUGAAAAUCCUCACGAAGCCGGUCCUGUUUGUGCUCAAAAGGCGGAAGGAUUUCGAAGUGUAUUUGACGAAAUCGAAACCAAUCGAUGCUGAUGAUGAGGGCGGGAACGAUGAGAUGAAUGAUGAACCGUUAGGGAAUCGAUUGGAAUUAUCGAACGAAUCGAUUAGUAAAGAGGAUGAAAUGGGAAUCGAAAGAGAUGAAGGAAUUGUCAACGAGAGUUUAGUUGAAGAUUCGAUUGAUGUGGAAAUUAAAUUAACGGUGGAAAACGAAGAUGAUUCGAAGAAGGUAAAGAAAUCGAAGAAAAGUAAAGUUAACGAAAAUAACGAAAUACCCGAUAAAGUAAUUGUAAUGAAGAAAAACAGCGAAGAAUCCGAUACCGAAGCGAAGGGAAUCGAAGAGAAUGCAUACAAAAAGGAAGAUGAUGCAAAUAAACAAAAAACGCCUAAUGGAGAGUUCAAAUCUAAAAAACCUUUAACAAAAAUCGAUGAGAAUUCAUACAAAACAGAUGAUACCAAACAGAAACUCUCAAACGAAGAGAAACCCAAAAAGCUCCCAAUAAAAACUGAAGAAAAUUCGUACAAAACAGAAGAUACCAAACAGAAACUCUCAAACGAAGAGAAACCCAAAAAGCUCCCAAUAAAAACUGAAGAAAUUUCGUACAAACCAGAAGAUACCAAACAGAAACUCCCAAACGAAGAGAACAAACCCAAAAAACUUCAAAUAAAAACCGAAGAAACCGCCGAUGGGAAAUCAGGAAGGGCCGAUAACAAGCAGAACGUGAAACAGAACAUCAGAAGAAUCAUACAAAAAUACAAACGAAGAAAGUUCGAGGAGAAACACCCGAAAGAGAACAUCAAGAAGCUGAUAGAAGAGGAGAGGUCCAACGAAGAGCGCGAGGAGAUCGCGAAGAUCCGUCGGCAGAUAUUGGAGAUAAUCGACGACAAUCCGAAGAUAACGAACAAGCGAUCGAUAAAAUCGAAAUUGGAGGAGACCUUCGACGAGGAGUUUCCGGAGAAACGGUCGCGGGGCAAGUUCAAGGCGAAAAUCGGGGGAAAAAUCAAAGGGGCGACGGACGGGGAAUUGUUGGAAGAGGAGAAGAAAGACUUCCUGCGGAAAUUCAAAAUGGCCAACGAGAAAUUGGACAAUAUAAUGGCGAUGAUCGAUAAAAUCGUCGAUACUAUCGAGAUAACGGACGAUGCGUGAUUUUGGUUUGUUCAAUACGUUAUUAUUAUGUUAUUUAUUUUUUAUCUGUGUACAAUAAAAAAUAAAAAUAUUGUUGGGGAAGUUCA